GUAGAAAUCAAACUAGUUAUGAUGUAAAAUUAGAUCAAAAUUAGGAGGAAUCGAGUCCUUGUUUUAAAUGUUUUGCUUUAAAAAAAUCUAAAAACGGGUGCUGGAUUGAGUGGUCUGAAGGUUGUAAAAUUUACUAAAAGAAACUUUAAGAUUUAAAAGAGAGAGGGGUCUGAAUUCCGGUCCAGUUGUGUGAUCUUGGGAAAGCCACUGGUUGUGACAGCCUUAUUCUGUAAAAUAGAGAUGAUAAUUACAGUGAUUUUUCUCAUAGCGUUCUAGUAAAUUCUGCGUAGUCAACAUAUUUGGUUUUUAAGUGGUGUCCGUAGUUACUGUGUUUUGUGGUACUUAGAGGUCGCUAAGCAUACCUCUCACCCAGUCCCCCCCUUCCGUCUCCAUUCAGUGACAAGAGAUCUAAUUUUAAAGUCAUUAAAUUUUGCCUAUACUUAGUGUAUCUUCAUCUUUGGAUUCAUUGAUCAGAAAAUUUUCACCUUAACUUGAGUUCAUCUUAAACCUCCCACGAGCUCUUCUGGAGUAGGAUUAAUGUCUUAUUUAUUUUUAAAAUUAUUAUUUCUGGAACCUCUACGGUGGUUGUCAUUUCUGGUGGUUUGUGGGUUUUUUACCUGAUUUCUCCACCCUUCUUUUUCUCAAACCCGAACUGGUAAAACUUAAGCUUUGGUUUCACCAAAAACAAAGCAAAACAAUUUUACAUGGAAAAUACUGUUUUCUGUCACUUAAAGAUGUGCUCAGCUGUGUACGGUCACGGGGCGGGGGGUGGAUGGUUGCAAGGAGUUAUGUAAAGAAUUAGAUUAAAAAUAAGCCUCGUUUAGGGUCACUCUGAGAGCAAACAUACCAUCUUCGGGAGGCAGAGAGCAUAGAUAGCAACACAGGCAGCACCAUCGAAUCCCCUAGAGCUCUUCAGAAAUGCUGAUCCCUGAGCACUACUCCAGACCAGCUAAUUAGAAUCUCUGGAGAGUGGAGGGUGGUAUCCUACCUUUUAAAGGUCCGCAAGGUUACUCAGUAGUGCUGCGAGGAUGAGAACUUGUGUGUUAGAGGAAUGAGGUUCUCAGGGAGUGUAUCUUGUUUGAGGAGGGGAAAGGCUGGAAGGUCUGGAGCUGCAUUGGAAGAUAGCUGGAACGUUUGGGAGGACUUUUAUUAGCAGUUCUCUAAGAUUGAUUUCUAAAGAUAUGGUUUUCACCCCACUUGGUCAACGCACAUAAGUUUUCUUCCUUUUGGACCCCUAUUUUAUACCACAAUGCAACAAGCUUUAGAACUAGCUUUGGAUCGUGCAGAGUAUGUCAUUGAAAGUGCCCGACAAAGACCUCCUAAAAGGAAAUAUCUAUCUAGUGGAAGAAAAUCUAUAUUUCAAAAACUUUAUGACUUAUAUAUUGAAGAAUGUGAAAAAGAACCUGAGGUUAAGCAGAAAUUAAGAAGAAAUGUGAACUUGUUAGAGAAGCUUGUUAUGCAAGAGACGUUGUCAUGUUUAGUGGUCAACCUGUAUCCAGGAAAUGAAGGAUACUCACUGAUGCUCAGGGGAAAAAAUGGAUCAGAUUCUGAGACCAUUCGACUGCCUUAUGAAGAAGGGGAAUUGCUUGAAUACUUGGAUGCAGAAGAAUUACCUCCUAUUUUGGUUGAUCUCCUAGAAAAAUCUCAGGUUAAUAUUUUUCAUUGUGGAUGUGUCAUAGCAGAAAUACGUGACUACAGGCAGUCAAAUAAUAUGAAAUCUCCUGGUUACCAAAGUAGGCACAUUCUCUUACGUCCAACAAUGCAGACGCUAAUCUGUGAUGUGCACUCAAUAACAAGUGAUAACCAUAAAUGGACCCAGGAAGACAAACUUUUGCUUGAGAGCCAGUUGAUUCUAGCUACAGCCGAACCACUGUGUCUUGAUCCUUCUAUAGCCGUAACCUGCACUGCAAACAGAUUGCUCUAUAAUAAGCAAAAGAUGAACACGCGCCCAAUGAAACGGUGUUUCAAGAGAUAUUCCAGAUCCUCUCUGAACCGGCAGCAGGAUCUGUCUCAUUGUCCACCUCCUCCUCAGCUAAAAUUACUUGAUUUCUUACAAAAAAGGAAGGAAAGAAAAGCAGGUCAGCAUUAUGACCUCAAAAUCUCUAAAGCAGGAAAUUGUGUAGAUAUGUGGAAACGGAGCCCCUGUAAUUUGUCCGUACCUUCUGAAGUGGAUGUAGAAAAAUAUGCCAAAGUGGAAAAGUCUAUCAAAUCUGAUGACUCACAACCAACAGUCUGGCCAGCCCAUGAUAUAAAAGAUGAUUAUGUAUUUGAAUGUGAAGCUGGUAAUCAGUAUCAGAAAACAAAGCUGACCAUUUUGCAGUCACUUGGUGAUCCACUUUACUAUGGUAAAAUACAGCCAUGUAAAGAAGAUGAAGAAAGUGACAGUCAGAUAUCUCCAUCCCACUUCUCCACAGAUGAUCAUUCAAAUUGGUUCAUUAUUGGAUCAAAGACUGAUGCUGAGAGAGUAGUCAAUCAGUACCAGGAAUUGGUCCAGAAUGAAGCCAAAUGUCCAGUGAAGAUGUCACAUAGCUCCAGUGGCUCAGCCAGCUUGAGUCAGCUUUCUCCAGGGAAAGAAACAGAACAGCCUGAGACCGUGUCAGUUCAGUCUUCAGUACUAGGAAAGGGACUAAAACAUCGACCUCCGCCCAUCAAACUUCCCUCAAGCUCAGGGAAUAGUUCUUCAGGUAACUAUUUUACACCACAACAGGCCAGCAGCUUUCUUAAAUCUCCAACUCCUCCUCCUGCUUCUAAGCCACCCAGUCUUUCUCGGAAGUCAUCUGUGGAUCUCAAUCAAGUUAGCAUGCUUUCUCCAGCUGCCCUCUCACCUGCCAGUUCAUCACAAAGAUCUGGAACUCCUAAGCCAUCUACUCCUACACCAACCCCUUCAUCGACCCCACACCCUCCUGAUGCUCAGAGUUCAACUCCUAUUACCCCUUCAGCUACCCCUACUCCCCAAGAUUCAGGCUUCACCCCUCAGCCCACUUUGUUAACUCAGUUUGCUCAGCAGCAAAAGUCUCUGAGCCAGGCAAUGCCUGUAACGACCAUUCCUCUUUCCACCAUGGUAACAUCCAUAACUACAGGAACCACGGCCACCCAGGUCAUGGCAAACUCUGCUGGACUUAACUUCAUCAAUGUAGUGGGCUCUGUUUGUGGAGCUCAAGCCUUGAUGAGUGGUUCAAACCCUGUGCUGGGCUGUAACACUGGUGCCAUAACUCCUGCAGGAAUAAACCUGAGUGGCCUUCUACCCUCAGGAGGUCUGCUACCAAAUGCAUUGCCCGGUACAAUGCAGGCAGCUUCUCAAGCAGGUGUUCCAUUUGGUUUAAAAAAUACUUCAAGUCUCAGGCCCUUAAAUCUACUUCAGCUUCCAGGUGGUUCGCUCAUUUUUAACACUCUACAGCAGCAGCAACAGCAGCUUUCUCAGUUUACACCACAGCAACCUCAACAACCCACAACUUCCAGUCCUCAACAGCCAGGGGAGCAGGGUUCUGAACAAAGUUCAGCCAGUCAAGAACAGGCCUUAUCUGCACAGCAUGCUGCCGUUAUUAACCUUGCCGGAGUAGGAAGUUUUAUGCAGCCACAGGCAGCUGUGUUGUCUCAGCUUGGCUCUGCCGAGAACAGACCUGAGCAAAGCCUUCCUCAGCAGAGAUUCCAGCUCUCCUCUGCCUUUCAACAGCAGCAGCAACAGAUCCAACAGUUGCGAUUCUUGCAGCAUCAAAUGGCUAUGGCAGCAGCAGCAGCACAAACAGCUCAGCUACAUCGGCAUCGGCAUACAGGCAGCCAGUCAAAAAGUAAAAUGAAAAGAGGCACACCAGCCACUCCAAAAUUCUGAGUCCUAUUUUUUUCUUUUUAGAAACUUAAGAGCAUUGAAUCAAAAGGAUUCUGAGUUUCUACUUCAUUUUUGUUUUUUAAAAUGUGUCAGUAUUUUCAUUGCUGGAUACAAACUUUAUACAGAAGCACAACCCUUAAAUAAAAACAGCAAAAUGGUUUAAUGAACCAUUA